AUGUCCGAGGCCGAGGCAGUGAUCCGCAAUCAGUCCGGCUACAUCAACCACACGGCCAAGAAGGACUACGGGCCCUUGGAGUUUACUGGGAGGAUUGCUGGAGGUCUGAGGCUGGACUUGCGUAGGCGGCUGCCGCUCUACGCGAGCGACUGGACGGAUGCGUUCAAGCCGGAGAACUUCCAAAAAUCUUUAUCGUCCAUUCUCUACCUCUUCAUCGCAGCCUUGGCACCCGCCAUCACCUUCGGAAGCCGCUUCUUGGACGGCACCAAUGGCCAGUUCGGAGUGCUGGAAAUGAUUAUGUCGACAGCUGUCUCCGGCGUGAUCUUCUCCACCUUCGCAGGUCAGCCCUUGUCCAUCCUGGGAGCGACCGGUCCUUUCUUGGCUUACACCCUCGUGGUGUAUGACAUGGCGGUGGGUGCCGAUGUGGAGUUCAUGCCCUUCUACUUCUGGGUUUGCAUGUGGUGUUCGCUCUUCACCAUUUUGGUCGCGGUCUUCGACCUCUGUGCUCUCAUGAAGCAUGUGACCAUGUUCUCGGAAGACAUCUUCGCGGGGCUUAUUUCUUUGAUCUUUAUCAUCGACGGAGUUAGGCAAGCACAGAGCAUUGAGUCCUGCACGAUAGUCAUGUCCAUGAGAUUGGGCGGUGAUGUUGGUAAUGGGCUCAUGAUGUACUUGUCGCACGAAGGUGAAGUAGGUCAGCAAGUGUACUUGAAACAUCGUGGCGCGCCUAAUCAACCGUUGACCAUUCCGGGGCGCAGGCCUAUCAUCGAGAACUUCUCGGAGAACAAGAUGAGCCUGACCAGUGCCAUGUUCGAGGCCCCGCUCUCAGGGUGUGCACGUCCCUGGGCGGGCAUCAUUGAAAAUUUGUUGAAAUUUGCCGAGGCCCUACUCUUCAUGUACACCUUUGGCUUGGCGACCUACCUGUCCCACUUCCGCCGCACGCCUUGGCUGCUCCGGCCCAUCCGAAACCUCAUGGCCAACUUCGCAGUGACCAUCUCCCUGGUCACGGCCUCGGCCCUGGCAGCGAUCUACUCCAGCGACACGAACCUGAGGAUGCUGAGCGUCGACGCGGACUUCUCCCCGAACCUCGUCUUGUCGGAUGGCAGCAAGCGCCCCUGGGUCGUGAAUCCCAUGGGCAUCGAGCGCUCCUUCCCGGCCUGGGCCAUUGCUUACGCGAUACUUCCAGCAAUUGGUUUCGCCGUGCUUGGAUACCUGGACCAGAACCUCACGUCUGUGAUCGUGAACAGGCCUUCCAACAACCUGCAGAAGGGGCCAGGCUAUCAUCUGGAUCUGUUUGUCAGGGGAGCUUUGACGCUGCCCGUCUGCGCCGUAUUGGGCCUACCUCUGUCGGUGGCCUCGACGGUACCUAGCAUCACCCACGUGAUCUCGCUGACCACCUAUGAGGUGAAGCAGCUGCCGGAGGGCGAGCGCAAGGUGCCGAGCAAGGUCGUGGAGCAGCGUGCGACGAACUUUUUGAUCCAUGUGCUCAUAGGAUGUGCGCUCUUCCUGGCGCCGGCGCUGAAGUUCCUGCCACGUGCCGUGCUGCAGGGCGUGUUCUUCUACAUGGGCAUCGCAAGCUUGACCGGCAACAACCUUUUCGACCGCCUCUUCCUGUGGCUGAUCUGGGACCCGGCCAAGUACCCACAGUACCACUACAUCCAGAAGCUGCCCAUCCGCCGUGUGCACCUCUACACUCUGGUGCAGGUGGUUUGCCUGGGCAUCUUGUACGGUCUCAAAGCCAUCAAGGAGACUUCCGUUGUCUUCCCUUUCUUCAUGGCUUCCCUGGCCAUCAUCCGGAAGGCCAUGCGCUUCCUCUUCACGCAGGAGGAACUGGAGCUGCUGGACAGCCUCCCAGCUGAGGAGGAGGACGGCAAGGGGCUGAGUCCCGAGCAGCCGGACUUGGUCAACCUCGAGAAGGCCAAGGAGAACGAUGAGGGAGAGCCCCCGAAGGCCACUAUGGGGGUCUGA